AUGGCACACCAAACAGCAAUCACGAAUACCACACCAACUCCUCACCCUCCCAACGACCCCUCUGGAGGCAACCCCUUCGCCGCCCUCAUCCAACAGGACUUUGCCGUCAUCCCGUCCUUCACCUUUGAGUCGGGCGAGACACUCCACAACGUUCCCGUUGCCUACAAGACAUGGGGAAAACUCAACGCCGAGGCCAACAACUGCCUCGUUCUUUGCCACGCCCUCACCGGCUCGGCCGACGUUGAAGACUGGUGGGGACCGCUUCUUGGCCCGGACCGCGCAUUUGACCCGACCCGCUACUUCAUCUUUUGUGCCAACGUCAUCGGCUCGCCGUACGGAACAAUCUCGAGUGUGACGACCAACCCCGAGACGGGCAAGCCGUACGGUCCCGAGAUGCCCGGCAGCACCGUCAAGGACGACGUGCGCCUGCACUAUGCCGUGCUCAAGCAGCUGGGCGUCAAGAGCGUCGCAGCCGUGAUUGGCGGAUCGAUGGGCGGUAUGACUUGCCUCGAGUGGCCGCUGAACACGCCGCCCGGUUUCGUCAAUGCGAUCGUGCCCCUGGCCACUAGCGCUCGUCACUCGGCCUGGUGCAUCUCGUGGGGCGAGGCGCAGCGCCAAUCGAUCUACUCGGACCCGAACUAUGAGGACGGAUACUACUACCUGAAGGAGGACGGGGCGGUGGACCUGUUCCACCAGCCGACUCGUGGACUCGCCGCCGCGCGCAUGGCCGCGCUCCUCACGUACCGCUCUCGCGACAGCUUCGAGUCGCGCUUCGGACGCAAGAAGGGCGGCGGCCGCAAGAGCAAGGUGCCCUCUGGCGGGGUGCGCGUCAUGGGUGGAAGCGAGACGACCAACCCCCUCGAGCCAUCCGAGGCCGAGCUGGUUCGCUCGCCGGCGUGGGUCGAGCACAACGACGGUCACCGUCCCAGCAAGAAGGGCUCGCCCACGCCCUCUUCUCCGUCCACAAGCGAUGACGGCAAGCUGCCGAACGGCAACGGCAACGGUCACCCCGCACCUCUCACAAACCUGAACCUCGGUGUCCCCAACGGCAAGCCCAAGCUCGGCACCGGCGGUACUCCCCACGAGGUCUUCAACGCCCAGUCGUACCUCCGCUACCAGGGCGACAAGUUCACUGGCCGCUUUGACGCCAACUGCUACAUUCACAUUACGCGCAAGCUCGACACGCACGACCUCUCGCACCCGUCCCGUUUCGGUGGCACUGUCUCGUCGACCCUCCCGAUCUCGACAGCGGACGACGACGUCGAGCUCGAGGCGGCGCUGCACUACGCUCUGUCGAAGCUGCCGCCCGCGCUCGUCAUUGGCAUCGAGAGCGACGGCCUGUUCCAGCCGAGCGAGCAGCGCGAGCUCGCUGCGCACAUCCCCGAUGCCGAGCUCGUCCUCAUCCCCUCGCCGGACGGCCACGACGGCUUCCUCCUCGAGUUCCAGGCGAUCAAUGGCUGGAUUGACGGUUGGCUGCGCCGCAAGAUGCCCCAGUUUUACGGCGAGCGCGUCACCCCCCUCGACACCUAUGCUGCCGACAAGGACUUUGGCGUCAAGAAGGAGAGCGUGUUCGGCGAAGCUGAGGCGGACGUCACGAGGUGGUAA